CGCAGCUACGGGGAAUACGAGGAAUCCAGCCAAUAGGAAUGUGCAACUGCCGUCCUGUUGGCCAAUCGCGGGGCGUGUGGGGGUUGGCCCGCUUGGCUCUAGCUCCGGGGAUAUGGAGCUGCCAGCGCGAGGGCAUCUUGUCAGGUGGUUGCGGAGCGGGUAAGGCGGCGGGCAGGCAAGAAUCCUAUUCUAAGGACUUGGACACUCAGGCAUCCCCCAUGGUGUUGGGUCCUGAACAGAAGAUGCCAGAUGAUGAUGUUUCUGGAGACCAUGGGGACUCUCCCAGUCUUGGUACCCUCAACCCUGCCUAUAGUACCUCAUCUCUACCCCAGUCCACUGAGCACUCACAGGAGCCCUUUACCACCUACUUUGAUGAGAAGAUCACCAUUCCUGAGGAGGAGGUUAGUGACAAAUCCUUGGAGGAAAACAUUAUUUAGGGAAGACUUAGGAGUGAAAAGUCUGCUGGACAACUUAAGAUCAACAGCCUCAGAUCUAAUUUGGGCAAGCAGUCUCUGAAGACUUUUGUAAUCAGAGUAACUGUUUACAGUAACUGUUCAGGAAAAUGAGGGCCUUGAAAACAGUUGCCACAUUGUACUAGUGAUUAUUUUUUGAUCUAGUAAGUAUGAAUUUCAUGUUCUUUUUUUACCAUGGCUUUUGACCCUUUUGGGUAGUGAUUAGGCACAAGGGUACUGAUACUGUUACUUAGGUUUUAGAAUGAGAGGCUGAUUGAUGGAAAGAGCAGGUAAGGGAAUGGUUCCUAUUUGGACAGAGAAGUGGCCAGUUUAUUGAUAAGAAGUGGGUAAGAUGGGAGUGCCUGGGUGGCUCAUUCAGUUAAGCGUCUGCCUUUG